AUGGAUCUCUUCUGGGCACUGCUGUGGUCAGUGCUCCCCAGCUUGGCUCUUCUCUCUGGUCUGGAUCAAUGCGGCAUCCAUGAAAGCAGCAGCUCAGAGAGUGGGUGCGUUUUCCGGUCUAACCCAGGCUCGCCUUUGCUGGAAUCUGUACGCUGCUACAACGACUAUAAGUCCCGUGUGCUGUGCAGAUGGAAGAGGCCCCGAAACGAACCAAUGCAGCUCUGGUUCAAGACAGAAAACAGCAGAGCGCUGUGCGUGCCCUUGGACGCCGCAAACCCAGCUGAGCACAGAACCGUCCGCUGCAGUUAUGAAACGACCGUGUUUGCCAUCGCCAUCACCCACACCGUCUUCUUCCUCGACAACAGAACGGCGGCCUUGUGCUCAUCUGCCCCGCACAGGUCCGUGGACCUGUUCGAUCACAUGAGGGCGCUUCCACCCGUGAACGUGUCCUCCGUCGGGGCGGGUGACGGAGGCCGGCGGCUGAGCUGGGCCAGCCCCUACCCUCCUUCUUCCUCCUUGAACAGAAACCUCACGUAUCAGCUCAGCUACAGAGCGCAGGCUCAGGACCUCUGGACCGUAAGCCUCAGACUUCCUUCCUCAUCUGGAAAGAUCAAAAAGUCCUCCCCUCCUCCGCCUGCAGCACUCACGGAGAACGUGGCCACCUGCGCGGUCACUGUUGAGAAGCGACUGCUGCUUCCGGGUCACAGCUAUGAAGCCCGGGUCAGGGCCCGGGCCGGCGUGGGCCAGUGGAGUGACUGGAGCCCUGUGGUGACCUGGCAGACCGAAGAGGGUCGGUCCAUCCAUCUUCUCUCUUCUGGUGUCCACUCCUCUCUGCCCGAGUGGGAGUGCAGGAGGACGCUGGGUCUUGGCAGCAGCCACUUUGGACAGGCUCCCGCUUUGAACUGUGUCCUGGCAGGCGAAAAGGAAGUGGUUUGUAGCUGGGAGGUGAGCAGAGAGCUGGCUAACCUGGUCACCUACCAGUUGGCCUGCCGACGCAGGCGGACCGCCCAGCCUGAGAAAUGCUGCUCAAACCCUACUAUAAAUCUGGGCCAGAGUGGGAGGGUGAGCUACAGCUGCUCGCUGACUGACCCUGAAGGUCUGCAGCUGGAGCUCCAGCCGGCACACAGUGCAAAGACUUUUAGAGCCCACCAACACAUGUUUCUAGGAGGUUAUAUGACCAACAGCCCUGGAUCUUAUGUGAUGCUGAACAUCUCAGAGGGUUCCACAAACAUGAUCAUCCCGGGAAGUGUCCUUUCCCCGCUCCAGGAGUACCAGGUCAGAGUUAGGUCCAUGGUUGUACCUGGUCAGGGCUCCCUCUUUGAAGGAAUUCCCUCUGAAUGGACUGAUUCUGUCAAGUGGACCUCAAAGGAAGCCUCCUGGUUAUCCUCCAGCCUGAGCUACAUCAUCACCGGUGUGUUGGUCGUCACAGUCUUCUUCACGCUGUACUGGACGAUUCCAGCCUGUCAGAGGAAAGUGCUGCUGUGGGUAGACUCGGUUCCUUCUCCAGGCAAAAGCAAGAUCUUGUCUGACUUUAAGUAUGCCAGCUGCCAGACCUUCAUGCAGACUGAGAAGACCUCCAUCUGCAAAGCUCAGUACCUUCACAGCCUGUCGACAUGCUCCACAGACAUUUUGCUGUGGCCAUCCAAAGGGACUCAGGACGAGGAAUGGUGGAAUAGUGAUACCACGGCCUCCACUGGAUCAGAAUCAUCACCCGGGUCAGUUGAGGUCCAAAGUGAGGAGAGAUACACGAAAACUGAGGCAGAGGUCUCUCUGUCUCUUAUCCCGGUACCUGCUCAUCUUCAUGGCGAGGGUUAUGUUUGGCUUCCGGGCCUCGGUGUGUCCAGGUCCUCACAGGAUCUCACAUCUCAGGCCAACGAGAACACGAGCUCGCAGCGGUGCCCCAGCGCUGAGCUGGACCCGGACGGUCCGGAUUCUGCAGCGUGGAGCAACCAGUCAGAUGACCAGUCCGGUCUGCACAGGCCUACCGUCCCUGACCCACCUCCUGACUACACCUCAGGGGGUUUCUGCGCCUGGCCUCAAAUGGGUGCCAUAGAAGCCUCGGGGUACUGCCACCUCCCCACGCCGUGCCAAGAAAAGGAUUGUUUCACAGAGGACAUUUGA